AUGCCCAGAAAAAUCAAGGUCAUGGUGAAUCCACAGAUUGUGGAUUGUGGAAUAUGGUGCGCUGCGUCAUUUGUUUCGCAGCAAGUUUUGUGA